AUGAGUUCGCUCAAACAAUUCAUCCGCAAUGUACGCGCCUCAAAGACUAUCGCGGAUGAGCGCGCGGUGGUGCAAAAGGAGAGUGCGGCAAUAAGAGCCAGUUUCCGCGAAGAGAGCCACAACUCGGAUCUCCGGCGAAACAAUGUCGCAAAGCUCCUCUAUCUCUUCACGCUGGGGGAACGAACACACUUUGGGCAGAUCGAAUGUCUAAAACUUCUCGCCUCCCCUCGCUUUGCCGACAAGCGGUUGGGAUAUCUGGGCACCAUGCUGUUAUUGGACGAGAAUCAAGAGGUCUUGACACUGGUCACGAAUUCGCUGAAGAACGACCUGAACCACACCAACCAAUACGUCGUUGGCCUCGCCCUUUGCACCCUCGGAAACAUCGCCAGCAUCGAAAUGUCACGCGAUCUCUUCCCCGAAGUCGAGACCAUCCUCGCCUCCUCCAACCCCUACGUCCGCCGCAAAGCCGCUCUUUGCGCAAUGCGCAUCUGCCGCAAAGUCCCCGAUCUUCAAGAGCACUUCCUCGAUAAAGCCAAGCUACUACUGAACGACCGAAACCACGGUGUUCUUUUGUCGGGCUUGACGCUGGUAAUAAGCAUGUGCGAGGCGGAUGAAGAGGAGGGUGGGGAGCAAGGCGUGGUGGACAUGUUCAAGCCCCUUACUGGCAGUCUCGUGAAGGUGUUGAAAGGCCUGUCGCAGUCAGGUUAUGCUCCUGAGCAUGACGUGACCGGCAUUUCCGAUCCUUUCCUACAAGUCAAGAUUCUGCGCUUGUUUCGAUUGCUGGGGCGUGGUGACACCCAGAUCUCCGAACAAAUCAACGACAUCCUCGCGCAGGUCGCCACGAACACUGACUCCUCCAAGAAUGUCGGCAAUUCCAUCCUCUACGAAGCGGUCCUCACCAUCCUCGAAAUCGAAGCCGACUCUGGCCUGCGAGUAUUGGGGGUGAACAUCCUUGGAAAGUUCUUGACCAACAAAGACAACAACAUCCGCUACGUCGCUCUCAACACUUUGAUCAAAGUGCUGGCCAUCGAGCCCAAUGCGGUUCAGCGACACCGCAACACCAUUCUGGACUGCCUGAGAGAUCCUGACAUCAGCAUUCGACGCCGUGCCCUCGACCUCAGUUUCACUCUGAUCAAUGCAGACAACGUGCGCGUCCUCAUACGCGAGCUGCUCUCCUUCCUUGAAGUCGCCGACAAUGAAUUCAAACCGAUCAUGACUUCGCAAAUAGGUAUUGCGGCUGAUCGAUUCUCUCCGAACAAGCGGUGGCAUGUUGAUACCAUGCUCCGUGUCCUCAAGUUGGCGGGAAGCUACGUUAAGGAGCAAAUCCUGUCAUCCUUUGUCAGACUGAUUGCCACGACUCCAGACCUACAGACCUACUGCGCGCAGAAGUUGUACACUGCGCUCCGGGAAGAUACCAGUCAAGAAGGGCUGAAUCUUGCCGGGGCAUGGGUGAUUGGGGAAUACGGUGAUGCACUGCUUCGCGGUGGCACGUACGAAGACGAGGAGGUGGUGCGAGAAGUGAAGGAGAGCGAGAUUGUCGACCUCUUUUCCGCCAUUCUGAACUCCAGCUAUACCGGCCAGACUGUGACGGAGUACAUCAUCACCUCAGCGAUGAAGCUCACUACAAGACUGCAGGAUCCUGCGCAAGUGGACCGUCUCAGGCGACUUCUUCUAAGCUACCAAACGGACUUGGACGUCGAGAUCCAGCAGCGCAGUGUGGAGUACGGCAACCUAUUUGGCUACGACCAGGUCCGAAGGGGAGUGCUCGAACGCAUGCCGCCUCCCGAGAUUCGCGAGGAACAGCGUGUCUUGGGUGAGUCGGCGGGCAAGAAGCGAAGCAGCAGAAUCGCCGCGAAGAGGAAGCCGGUGACGCAGAUUACGGAGCAAGACAUGCUGCUCGACCUGAUGGGCGGCGAUUCCAGCAUCCCAGCCAGUGAUCUGUCCGCUACAAUCAAUGGCACGCAGCAAAGCAACAAUGCGGAUCUGCUGGCCGACAUUCUUGGCGGCGGCUCAUCCAUGGGCGCGAGCAGUCCGGUAUCCAAUGGUACUGGAGCGGCCAACAAGAACAGCUCAAUCAUGGACCUUUUCGAUUCGGGGUCGCCACCAGCCCAAUCUCGGCAGCAAGCACCGCCCCAAUCAAGCACGCCAGCCUCCAGCGACAUGCUGGGCUCCUUUGGUUCUGCCCCUGCCCCAUCCGCUCCAGCACAACAGGCGCACGGCGUCUACAACAAGAAUGACCUCGUCGUCACGUUCACCGUAUCAAGGAAUCCGCAGGCGGUACAGGUUCAGGCGAAGUUCAAGAAUGGCUCGGCAUUUGAGAGCAUAGGCCAGGUGAAUUUGCAGGCUGCGGUGCCAAAGACGCAAAAGCUGCAGUUGCAGCCUAUCAGUAGUAGCGAACUGGGCGCGGGUCAGGAGGCUACACAGGGGAUGAGAGUUACGAGUGUUCAAGGGCCUCCUCCACCCCGGCUACGUCUUCGACUCAAGCUGUCAUACACGAAGAAUGGGGCUGCUCCGGUGUUGGAGCAGGUAGAUUGGUCGGAGCCGACGUGA